UUUACAGACCACAGCAAUGGAACUUUUAAUUUGAAAGCUCUUUCUGGAGGCUCUGGCUACAAGUUUGGCGUGCUUGCAAAGAUAGUGAAUUAUAUGAAGACACGACAUCAACGUGGUGAUACCCAUCCAUUAACUCUAGAAGAAAUAUUAGAUGAAACACAGCACUUAGACAUUGGACUGAAGCAGAAACAGUGGUUAAUGAGUGAGGCCCUUAUCAGCAAUCCUAAAAUAGAAGUUAUAGAUGGGAAAUAUGCUUUCAAGCCUAAGUAUAACUUAAAAGAUAAAAAGGCCCUGCUGAGGCUUUUGGAUAAGCAUGAUCAACGAGGAUUAGGAGGAAUACUUUUGGAAGAUAUUGAGGAAGGACUUCCUAAUGCACAAAAAGCAAUUAAGGCUUUAGGAGACCAGAUCAUCUUUGUUACUCGUCCUGAUAAGAAGAAAAUUCUAUUCUACAAUGAUAAGAGCUGUCAAUUUACAGUGGAUGAAGCCAAUGAAGCUCAGAAACAA